CACAGUGAUCUCCAAUGUCAUAAAAGAACACAUACUGGAGAGAAACCCUAUGAAUGUAAUCAAUGUGGUAAAGCCUUUGCACAUUUCAGUAAUCUCCAAUGUCAUAAAAGAACACAUACUGGAGAGAAACCCUAUGAAUGUAAUCAAUGUGGUAAAGCCUUUGCACAAUUCACUCAUCUCCAACAUCAUAAAAGAACCCAUACUGGAGAAAAACCUUAUGAAUGUAAUCAAUGUGGUAAAGCCUUUGCAAGACCCAGUCAUCUUCAAUAUCAUGAAAGAACCCAUACUGGAGAGAAAUCUUAUGAAUGUCAUCAAUGUGGUAAAGCCUUUGCACAACUCAGUAGUUUAAAUCUUCAUAAAAGAACACAUACUGGAGAGAAACCCCAUGAAUGUAAUCAAUGUGGUAAAGCCUUUGCACAACUCAGUCAUCUCCAACGUCAUAAAAGAACACAUACUGGAGAGAAACCCUAUGAAUGUAAUCAAUGUGGUAAAGCCUUUGCACAACUCAGUAGUCUCCAAUGUCAUGAAAGAAAACAUACUGGAGAGAAACCCUCUGAAUGUAAUCAAUGUGGUAAAGCCUUUGCAGGUCAGAGUCAUCUCCAAUAUCAUAAAAGAACACAUACUGGAGAGAAACCCUAUGAAUGUAAUCAAUGUGGUAAGAAAGCCUUUGCAGGUCACAGUUGUCUCCAGUGUCAUAAAAGAACACAUACUGGAGAGAAACCCUAUGAAUUCUAUGAAUGUAAUCAAUGUGGUAAAGCCUUUGCAGGUCACAGUUGUCUCCAAUAUCAUAUAAGAACCCAUAAUGGAGAGAAACCUUAGAAAUGUAAUCAAUGUGAUAAAGCCUUUUCUCAAAGUUAUUGUCUCUAUAAUCAUAAAAGAACCCAU